AUGACGAUUUUUAAUUCUCCAGAUGAUUUAAACGAAUCAUCGGACAAUCAAAAUACCACUUUUCUUCCCGUUCAAGAUUUUGGCAACUCAGACUCGAGUUUUGUUGCCGAUAUGCUCGAAAAUUUUUCUGCAGUUGACUUCGGUCAACAACAAACGAUGCCCACGAUUAAUUGGACCGAACAAUCUCAGCCGACGUAUGAAGAUCAUGGGCCCUUCACGACUGAGAAUGAUAUAUUUUUAAUGGAUUUUCCCUUUGGUGAAGGUGAAAAUAUAUUUGAAAGCGCCUUUUGUGAUUUAGACUUUGAACUGAAUAGAUUAUUCCCUAUAAUUGAAAUGGAAGCUUCCGUUGCUAUCCCUUCUAGAAAUCCUGACGAUAAUUCAUCCAACAAGUCGAGCAUUACUUCAUCGGGAAAUUAUUUAGCUUCUCCCAGACAAUACGACAUAUCCGAAAAAAAUGCUCAGGUCAGAGAAUAUGAACUUCCUUGUGACUUAUUGGCAUCUGAAUCGGCCAAAGGUGGCGAAUUUUCUGACGAGCAGCAGCCAAAGAGAAAAAAAUUAGACUCAAGUAAUUUAUCAAAAUUACCGAUUACCAAAAAGAGAAAGGCUUGCAAGGGGAACGUUCAGAGGCCUAAACCGCGCGAUAGACAGCUGAUGAACGAGCGACUCAAGGAGCUUCGGGACCUUGUGCCAAACAGUGAAAAUUGUAGCAUUGAUGGACUUCUAGAUAAGACAAUAAAGCACAUGCUCUUCUUAAAAAACGUAACCGAGCGAGCUGAUAAGUUGAGACAUCACAAACAGGAAGUUGAUGAAGAUAAAACUAGAAAACCAGCUGACAUUGAGAAGGGAAAAAGCUGGGCAGUAGAAUUAGGAAGUGAAAAACAGUCGUGCCCCAUUGUUGUGAAGGAUCUCAAUCAACCCGGACAAAUGAUGAUACAGAUGGUCUGUACGGACUGCAAUCGAUUUCUGGAGAUUGCCGAUGUUAUUCAUCGUUUGGAAUUAACUAUCCUCGAGGGAACAAUGGAAAAGAGCUCGGAUGGUUCUUGGUGGGCCCAUUUCAUUGUCGAGACGACUGGAAACUUCCACCGGCUGGAGAUAUUUUGGCCGCUGAUGAAGCUCGUGCAGCAAAACGAGCCACAUAGUUCAAGCUCGAUUUAAGGUUUUCCGGUCCUGAUUUCUAUGGCUUACAUGAUAUAUCCUGUAUAUAUGAUAUUUGUACCAUUAUUAACUGCUUUUAGCUAUGAUUUAUUUAAGUAUUGGUAUGAGGAUGUAUGGGUGAUGAAUGUGUCUGUAUUGAUUGUUGGUUUGUGUCUGUGGUAUGUGAAAGGAACAGUUGAUACUCUUGAAAAAUUAAGUGGAAGAAUUAUGUAUAAUAAAAGAGAGAUUAAUUAGACUUUGG